AUGAAGGACUUAGGCCCGGUGCAUUUCUUCCUCGGCAUCCAAGUGUGCCGCACGGCCGACGGCUUCUUCCUCUCGCAGGAGCAGUACGCCGGCGACGUACUUGACCGUGCGGGCCUGGUCGACUGCAAGCCGGCGUCGACGCCCGUGGACACGAAGGCCAAAGUCUCCAGCGCGACAGGGCGGCCCUGCAGUGAUCCGACGUUCUACCGUCGCAUUGUCGGGGCAUUACAGUAUCUGACGCUCACGCGGCCGGACCUAUCUUACGCUGUGCAACAGGUGUGCCUUCACAUGCACUCGCCGCGGGACGUGCACUGGACGCUUGUCAAGCGCAUCCUGCGUUAUGUUCGUGGCACGGCGCACAAAGGCCUGCAGCUCCGGCGAUCAUCUACACCGUCGCUCACCGCAUACUCCGACGCGGACUGGGCCGGUUGCCCAGACACGCGCCGCUCAACGUCCGGCUUCUGCAUCUUCUUCGGCGAUUCGUUGGUGUCGUGGUCCUCCAAACGGCAGGCCGUCGUGUCUCGGUCAAGUGCCGAGGCCGAGUACCGGGGCGUGGCGAACGCAGCCGCUGAAUGCUGCUGGCUCCGUCACCUUCUCAGCGAACUCCACGUCAAGCUCGACAAAGCCACACUGGUGUACUGCGAUAACAUAUCCGCCGUCUACCUGUCCACGAAUCCAGUUCAUCAUGGUCGUGCUAAACAUGUGGAGCUGGAUGUGCACUUCGUCUGGGAAAAAGUGGCCGUAGGGGACAUCCGCGUCGCGCACAUUCCGACUCGACAGCAGCUCGCCGACAUCAUGACGAAGGGGUUGCCCACAACGCUGUUUGAAGAUUUUCGGUCCAGUUUGUGCGUUUUCGACGACGCACGAACUGCGGGGGGUGUCAAAGUGGAGUUCGUUGGCACUCGUUGA